UUGGCCGUGGAAAAUGUAUUUAACCCUAAUGUUAAAAAGUAAAAAGAAAAAAGAGGUUGAAUCUGGUAAUCAGCCAUCAAAUCCGAGUGCAGAUUAGUCGCAUGAAGAGUUGUUCUCUUUCCCGGAACGGCAUCUACGUUCUGUUAUUAGUCCACUGAGAUUCCUCGCCUAAAAUUCCACUCUUCACCAAAACCCUAAUUGCAGAUAUCCCUUUUCUUGUCAUGAAUUUCUUUUACUUAACCCCAAAUACCCCAACCCCCAUCAUCCACAUCCACUUUUACGCUCAGAUGAAUAAAGAUACAGCAAACUGAAGAGGCGGAUCCAAAUGGGUCGAACUGGUAAGCUACGCCGGUGGAGAAUUUCUUUCUCCAGAUCUUCCUCUACCGCCUCGACCGCCACUGCAGCCGUCAACAAGAAGGAGCCGCCGAAAGAGUUCAUCUGCCCCAUUUCUAACUCGCUGAUGUUCGAUCCUGCCGUCGUUUCCUCCGGCCAGACUUUCGAGCGAGUAGCUGUCCAUGUCUGCAGGGAUUUGGGUUUCACGCCUACGCUUCCCGACGGUUCGACGCCGGAUUUUUCGACCCUCAUACCCAAUCUUGCCCUGAAGACUGCUAUCGUCAAUUGGUGCUCGAAAUCCGGGUUGGAGCGCCCGAGCCCACCUGUUUAUUCGGAUGUUGAAUCGAUUGUGCGCUCUCUCAGUGGCUCCGCCACGUCGGAGAAGCAAGAGAGUUCCAGAAAUAGGGCUUUGGAGAGCGAAUUGCUGAAGGGCGUCGCUGAAAGACCCCCGAUUUUCUUCACGCGUGCUGCCAGUGAAUUGAACCCCAGGAAUUUGUACUCUCCUGCGAGCUCUGAAGAGUCCGUUAUCGCCAACACGACGCCGCUUUUGCCCUUCGAGACGCGGCCCUCUUGCUUUUCACACUCUUCUUCCCCUUCAACUUCGUCGGAGUUCGUUUCCGACGAGGCGUCGUCGAACUAUGUUUCUGCUUCAUCUUCGAUUUCGUCUUCGGAGGAUGAGAAUUUUGUAAAUAAGUUGAGAAGUUUUGAUGUUUACGAGCAAGAGCAAGCUGUGAUUCUUUUGAGGAAAACUACAAGAACAGACGAAGAAGCAAGGGCCGCGCUUUGCACAGAGAGGCUUUUAUUUGCUCUGAAGCAUUUGCUGAAUUCAAGGUACGCCGCCGUGCAGACCAACGCCACGGCGGCGCUGGUUAAUCUGUCGCUUGAAAAGGAAAACAAACUUAAGAUUGUCAGAGCUGGGAUUCUUCCAUCUCUGAUUGAUAUUCUAAUGAACGGAUUCGAAGAAUCGCGCGAGCACGCCGCGGGCGCGAUUUUCAGCUUAGCGCUUGAAGAUGACAACAAGACGGCAAUCGGCGUUCUCGGCGCUUUGCAGCCAUUACUCCACUUGCUGAGAUCCGGCAGCCGGCGGGGCCGUCACGACGCUGCUUUGGCGCUGUAUCACUUGACUCUGAUGCAGAGUAACAGAACGAAAAUGAUAAAGCUUGGAGCCGCUGGGAUUUUAGUGGGGUUGCUGAACGAUACAGAAGUGGCGGCGCGUGUCGUGCUGGUGGUGUGCAACCUGGCGGCGUCCGACGAGGGGCGGGCGGCAUUGUUGGACGCCAAUGCCGUGCAGUGCUUAGUGGCCGCAUUAAGAAACAGCAGUGAUUUGGACGCCGAGUCAACUCAGGAGAACUGUGUUGCCGCUCUAUACUCAUUGAGUCAUGGGAGCUCGAGGUUUAAUCGGCUGGCGAUGGAUGCCAGGGUGGAAGAUGUGUUGCCGGUGGUGGUGGAGACGGGGAGUGAGCGGGCGAGAGAGAAGGCUAGGCGGAUUUUGGUGGGGUUGAGGCGGGAAGACGUGAUAGAUGAAGGGGAGGAAGUCGACUGGGAGGCGGUGAUGAAGGGUGGAGUGACUCGAGCGAGGAGCCGAAUUGGGAGGAGUCAUGGGCGUAACUCAGUCGAGUUCUGAGUUUUCAUAAAAUUCUUGCCCAAAUUGAAUUUAAUCGAACAUUCACAACAAAGUAAUUUACUAACGACUUUUUUCAAGAAAAUAGCAAAUCAAAAAAUCAAGAAAAAGUCGUGUUGGUCUCUAAUUGGUUGGAUUCGAUCAAAUUCAAUUUGGAUACGAAUUUCUUGUUUGUGUAUAAUUACUUAGGCAUGUAAAUGUUGAUGGUCGCUUCCAUAUCCUAUGGGCUUUUGAUUUUAUUGAGAGGUUGGGGGCCUAACUUUUUUUGUUUC